AUGUCAGCAAUGGAUCAAGAUUCAGGGAUGUUCUUCAAGGUUGAGCAAACCAUUGCAAGUGUCUUGUGUUGCAAGUGUGGUGUUCCUAUGGCACCAAACGCAGCCAAUAUGUGUGUCAACUGUCUCCGUUCCGAAGUGGACAUCACACAAGGCUUACAAAGAAGUAUCCAAAUAUUUUAUUGCCCUGAGUGUGGUUGCUACUUGCAGCCACCCAAGACAUGGAUCAAAGCUCAAUGGGAAUCCAAAGAUCUCUUGACUUUCUGCAUCAAGAGGCUCCUCAAGAAGAGUCUCAACAAAGUCACUCUCACGAACGCUGAGUUCGUCUGGACUGAGCCACAUUCCAAGAGAAUCAAAGUCAAGAUCACUGUCCAAGCCGAGGUUCUUAACGGUGCUCGUCUUGAGCAGUCUUAUCUCGUUGAGUAUACGGUUAGAGACAAUCUAUGUGAGUCUUGCUCGAGGUUUCAGGCUAAUCCUGAUCAGUGGGUUGCUUCGGUUCAGCUUAGGCAGCAUGUUUCUCACAGGAGGUCUUUCUUUUAUCUCGAACAGUUGAUUCUCCGGCACGAUGCUGCUUCUCGUGCCGUGAGAAUCAAGCAAGUUCAUCAAGGGAUUGAUUUCUUCUUUGGGAAUAAAAGUCAUGCUAAUAGCUUUGUUGAGUUUUUGAAAAAAGUUGUUCCCAUUGAGUAUCGUCAGGACAAGCAAUUAGUGUCUCAUGAUGUUAAGAGCAGCUUGUACAACUACAAGUACACUUACUCUGUUAAGAUCUCUCCUAUUUGCCGUGAGGAUCUUAUCUUCUUGCCUUCCAACGUUGCUAAAGAGUUAGGAAGCCUUGGUCCGCUUGUGGUGUGCACGAGAGUUUCCGACAACAUCACGCUGCUUGAUCCUAGAACCUUGAGGUGUGCGUUCUUGGACGCUAGACAGUACUGGAGAUCCGGGUUUCGAUCUGCUCUCACCAGCAGACAGCUUGUGAAGUACUUAGUGUUUGAUGUGGAAGAACCACCUGUUUGCGGGGAAAAGUAUGCUUUGUCAUAUGUCCAAAUUACACGUGAGUCAGACAUAGGGAACAAUGACAAGAUGUGUUAUGUCCAAACUCAUCUAGGACAUAUCCUGAAACCAGGAGAUGAAGCUUUAGGGUAUGAUGUAUAUGGUGCAAAUGUUAACGAUGAUGAGAUGGAAAAGUGUCGUUUGAGUGGGGGGCUUCCUGAAGUGGUGCUUAUCAAGAAAUGUUAUGACAAGGAGAGGGUGAGGAAGAAGGGGAAACCUCGUGUGUUUACGACUAAGAAGCUUCCAAUGGAGAUGGAUGAGUCAAGAGGAGGAGGAGGAGGAGGCAGAGUUGAUCAAGAGAAAAUGGAGAAUGAAUAUGAAGAGUUUUUGAGAGAUCUUGAAGAGAACCCUGAGCUGAGGUUUAACAUAUCAUUGUACAAGAACAAAGAUUAUCAAGAGGAGUCUGAGACUGCUUCAAUGACAGAUGGAGAAGGUGCACCGACUGUGCCUAUUGAAGAGUUGCUUGCUGAGCUUGAGCUUAGUGAAGAAGAGGAAGAAGGCAAUGAUGAAGAAGAAUACAUGGAUGAGUAA